CGGCACUAUAAUGUCAGGUCUAAUAUGUAGUUAUUACUGAAUGAUUUAUGUUUGAAAAGAAUUCGCUGAGGAUAACUUAAUGUGUGGAUAUAUACAAUGCCUGAAGCAUCACAAUCGAAAGUAUUUAUAUGAUUUCAAAACUUAUCGAUUUCAAGUUAUGGACACAAAAUGGCCAUGGGCUGAAAUGUCAGCAGAAAGAUAGGCUUCAGGCGCUAUUAGGCCCUUCAUCACGUACGUAGCUCAGAUGAAGGGGGAUUUCCUGGACUGAUAAAAAAGAUGAAUUCGUCUGCAUUGGUUGCCAAUGAAACCGGAAACCUGACAGAUUCGGGCAGUGACGUCAUCGACUGGAGGAAUGUUCUCAUCGGUGCCAUCAUGUACGCUGUAGCCUUUGUCACCUUCUUUGGCAACCUGAUGGUUCUCCUGGCCGUCUACAUUGACAAGUCUCUACGCACAGCUUUUAACUUCCUCAUAGUCAAUCUGGCUAUAGCUGAUAUGGCUGUCUCUGUCACGGCUAUGACAUUCUAUACUACAGAUAAAAUGCUGGGUUACUGGCCCUUUGGUUCCAUCAUGUGUACAGUUUGGAUAUUUUGUGACUACGGUCUGACAUUUGCUUCGGUCUUUACUCUCGUCGCCAUCUCUGCAGACAGAUUCUGGUCAGUAUUUUGGAGUUUGAAUUACAGAUCAACAAACAAAAAGAAGAAGUCUCUGACCAUGAUAGCCACAAUAUGGCUGCUCAUGUUGUGCCUGUGGGUUCCUGCUCUGACAGUCGAUAGAAUGAAGGAGUAUCAUCUGGCAGGCACCUGCAUGUGGGACCCUGCAGAAAACCGGCAGUUUGUGGUGGUCAUCGCCAUUCUGGGCCACCACGGGCCGUGUAUCACCAUGCUCGUUUUUUAUUUCUCAGUCUUCGGGUAUCUGAAAACCAGGUCAAGGGUCAUUCCACUGACCACACCGUUUCAAGAAACUACAUCAGGUGCAAAAGACAAACCUCCAUUCCUAUUGGAUGCCAACACUUUAAGAAAUGAAAGAAUUGAAUCGUCCACAGUACAGGGUGUCGUCGAUAUCUCAGGUCAGAGCAACGGCGAGUUGAUCGCGAGUCAAAGUGACGUCCACACGACCACCACGACCACUGUCUCUCAGGGUCAUGACCUGGACAGAAGCACUCCUAAUUCAACUGUCAGCACACAAAUAGCCUACAUCUCUACUGCUCAGGUCCAGGAAGACAAUGUCCGCCUCGUCCAAAAAGCCCAAUUCUUACCAUUCGAUAACCGAGCAUCGAAAAAACAGAAUGCCCCAAGGCCCUUAGAAUCAAACAGGGCAAGUCGGGAGAGACGAGUCUUCAUGACCUUGACAUACAUCAUUAUAGCCUAUCUUGUCUGCUGGGUACCGUUCCAUUUUGUCUUUGAUAUCACUUCCCUGGAUCCUGAAGCCGUCCCAAGUGUGGUGUAUGACUUCGCCUUCUGGAUGACCUACGUCAACUCCACCAUUAAUCCAUUCCUCUACAACUUCGGCAACUCCGAGUUCAAACAGGCUUUUAAAAAAAUUGUCUCACGACAAAGAAGACGCACGGACAGAUCCAGCAACUUCCCAAAUACGACAUCAAGCAUUCAGAAUUGACAUCUAGCUUCGUGUUCAUAAAAA